AUGAAAAUAUAUAAAAUGGAUAACGAACAAAUAGAACUCCGAAAAUUGUUAAAAAAAUUAAAAAAAAAAAAAAUUGGAUUACCUUUUAAAUAUGAAAAUAAUGGUAUAUUUGACAUAAAAAGUGAUGAAAAGGAAUUUGAUGAUUAUAUUAACGAUAUAGAUAGUGAUAAUAAUAUUAAAAAAUAUAAAGACGUAUAUAAUAAUUUUGAAAAUAAUAUAAAUGAUUAUUUUAGUGAAUAUACUGAAAGAAUAAUAUGUUCAUCUAUAAAUCGUAAUUUUAAAAUACAUAAUAAAAAAACUGAAGAAAUAUUCAGUACACCGUUUGAUACAAUAUAUCAAGAAUUUAACUAUGGAACAUUAAGGACUCAAAAAUUAAGAGAUUAUGAGAAUCGAGAAAAAUAUUUCACUUCCCCUUUAUCUGAAAUAGAGAGCGAGUAUAUCAUAAUAAAAUAUUAA